AUGGCAAGAUCAAUCAAUACUCACACCGCUGUCAAGAUCGGUGAAAACGGAUCCAUCGAGGCCGUCACCAGCGAAGUUCCACAGCUUAGGGAAGACGAGGUGCUCGUUCGUGUCGCCUGCGUCGCCAUCAACCCCGUGGAUGGGAAAUCCGCAGAUUUCUCGCCAACGACCGGGGCAACAUUGGGGUUCGAUUAUUCCGGCGAGAUCAUCGCCCUGGGGGCCGACCACGCAGGCGAGCGGGCCACGCGGCCCCUGGCCAUCGGAGACCGCGUCUGCGGCUGUGUGUUUGGCAACAACCCCGAUAGGCACAACAACGGCGCUUUCGCCCAAAUGGUGGCGGCACCGGCGAGCCUUGUGCUGCUGAUACCCUCACACAUGUCAUUCGAGGAAGCGGCUACGCUUGGUGUGGGAUUGGCAACUGUAGGCCUGGCUCUCUACCGGUCUCUGAAACUACCCCUGCCGUCGCCCUCGAAUGCCACGCAGAAACCCACCUCAGGCUCAGGCGCGCGCCAUGUCCUGGUGUAUGGUGGCUCCACAGCAACAGGCACACUGGCUAUCCAGAUGAUCAGACUCUCCGGACUCGUUCCCGUUGCGACUUGUUCGCCCGACAAAGCCGACCUGCUCAAGUCGCUCGGGGCAUCUGCCGUGUUCGACUACCACUCCCCCACGUGCGGUGACGAAAUCCGCGAGUACAGCGACAACAAGCUAGCGCAUGCCCUCGACUGCGUCAGCGACACGGCCUCGAUGCGCAUCUGUUACGAGGCCCUGGGCCGGGCGGGCGGGCAGUACUUGAGCCUCGACCCGUUUCCCCUCCGCAGUCACACGCGGCGUAGUGUGCGCCCGAGCUGGAUUCUCACCUUGACCAUCUUUGACCAGCCAGUGAACUGGAAGCGCCCUUUUCGACGCGAUGCCCAGCCUCAGGACCGAGACUUCGCCGUGGCUUGGUUCCAGACCGCCCAAAAGUUGCUGGAUGCCAGGGAAAUAAAGCCACAUCCUAUCCAGGUUCGCACUGGUGGGCUGAACAAGGUGUCAGAGGGUAUUAAGGCGGUGCGCCAGGGGGAGGUUCGAGGGAAGAAACUGGUUUACCGUGUGGGAUGCUGA